GCCUGGCCCGGGAGCGAGCCUGGCCCGCUGCGCCCUGCCGCGUGGGGCGGGGCCGUGGUGGCAGCGUUUCGGCUGGGGCUGACAGCGGCCCCGAGGCAGGGGUUCCCCUUGUCCCCUCCACUGACACCCGAGCGGCCCCUCGCCCCCUAGCAGUGGCUCCCACGGGCCGCCCCGCUCCUGUCCGGAAAGCGAGUCCCCUCUCCCCGCGGGGUGACGGCCCGAGAGACCCGGGGGUUUCCACGCCCUGCACGCCCCCACAGGCCGCGGGGCUGCGACUGUCCGCCGGCGCGGCUCCCUCCCCGCGGGCGGUGAGCCCGGCUCUCCUCCCUGGCGCCGCUUCCCUCCUCCCCUCGUCGGCGGAGGAAGGAGGCGGCCGCCGGCCCUCCCCGACCGCGCAUGCGGCUGUGUCGGGCCGGGGCAGCGCCGCUGCGCUCGGGGGUUGAAGUGUGGGUGUCCCUUCCCCCGGCUCCGUCCCCUCCUCCCCGGCGGGCCCCCGUCAGCGCCCCCACAGAUGGGCUUAGGCUGGAGCAGCGCAGAGGAGCGGCAGCCCCUCCUGCCGCCGCCGCCACAGCAGCAGCAACGGCGGCGGCCGGGGCCGGCGGGGGGCCCGGUGGUGCCGGCGGCAGUGCCGGUGCCGGUGCGGCGGCUGGCGCCGUUGGCGGGCCGCGUCUACGGGCGGCGGUGGCUGGUGCUGCUGCUCUUCUCGCUGCUGGGCUUCGCGCAGGGCCUGGUGUGGAACACCUGGGGCCCUAUCCAGAACUCGGCCCGCCUGGCCUUCGGCUUCAGCGGCUGGGACAUCGCCCUGCUCGUCUUCUGGGGGCCCAUCGGCUUCGCGCCCUGUUUCUUCUUCAUGUGGCUCAUGGACAAGAAGGGUCUGAGGGUAACUGUGUUACUAACAUCAUCCCUCAUGGUAUUGGGAGCUGGCCUGAGAUGUGUUCCAGUUUCAGACCUAGAAAUUAGGAAGAAGCUGAUUCACGGAGGGCAACUGUUAAAUGGCUUGGCAGGGCCAACUGUGAUGAAUGCAGCACCAUUUCUUUCCACGACGUGGUUUUCUCCAGAUGAACGUGCCACAGCAACAGCCAUCGCAUCGCUGCUCAAUUACUUGGGUGCUGCGGGAGCUUUUUUAGUGGGACCUCUUGUAGUGCCGUCUCCUAAUGGAACAUCUCACCUCCUGCUGGUAUCGCAGAGCAACACAGAGCACAUCAAGGACCGCAUUGAGGCUGUGCUGUAUGCAGAAUUUGGAAUGGUUUCCCUGAUCUUUUCUGCAGCGUUGGCCUACUUCCCCUCGCGCCCUCCGUUCCCUCCCAGCGUGGCUGCGGCGAGUCAACGACUCAGCUACAGGAGAAGUUUUUGCAGACUCUUAAGCAAUUUCCGAUUCUUGAUGAUUGCUUUAGCCUAUGCUAUACCACUGGGUGUUUUCUCUGGCUGGUCUGGCGUUCUGGAUUUGAUAUUAACGCCAGUUCACGUAAGCCAAGUAGAUGCAGGCUGGAUUGGAUUUUGGUCUAUAGUUGGAGGUUGUGUUGUUGGCAUAGCAAUGGCAAGAUUUGCAGAUUUUAUCAGGGGCAUGCUGAAGUUUAUACUGCUGCUGCUUUUGUCUGGAGCAACAUUGGCAUCAACCUGGUUCACUCUCACCUGUCUAACUAGUGUCACUCAUCUGCCUUUAACCACAGCUACACUGUACACAUCCUGCAUUUUGUUGGGUAUAUUCCUCAACAGCAGCGUACCAAUAUUCUUUGAGCUCUUUGUGGAAACAGUCUACCCUGUUCCAGAAGGAAUUACCUGUGGAGUUGUCACCUUUUUGAGUAAUGUGUUUAUGGGAGUGCUUCUGUUUUUCCUCACAUUUUACCAUACAGAGUUUUCCUGGUUCAACUGGUGCCUGCCAGGAUCGUGUCUGCUCAGCCUGCUCCUCAUCCUCUGCUUCCGCGAGUCCUACGACAGACUCUAUCUCGAUGUCGUCGUCUCUGUGUGAUAACGCCAGACUGGUGAGGGGUUGGAAGAGACUGGAAGUCAGCUUUGCAGUCUGCACAUCUGCCUGGAUUUGCACACCUGAACAGCGGAAAAACAAAGAAAUUACAAGACUUAAUCAUGGCUUUAUUAGGGUGAGGGACAGGCUGUUCUUAUAUUCAAGACCACCUUGAUUGGCGAUAAACGUGGAACUUGAGUGGUGAUAAUGAUGCCGAAAUGCACAAAGAGAAUAUAUCUGAUGUACAGGUCCUGGUGCCGGAGCUGGGGCUCUCUAUUUAAAAGACUGUUGAUGUAGCAAUGAGGUGUACAGUUGUGCGUGCAUGUGUGCGUGUGCGGACUUACGGUUAUACACACUAGGGUACCAGUAACCUUCAAGGUCUUUUAUCAGAAUAGAAAUAGUGAAUAAUCGUAACAAAAGGAAAAAAAAGAGAAAAGGGAAAAAAAAAAAAUCCUUUUUUUAAAGAUCUCUCUCUUUAAUCGCUAGUCAUUUAUAUAAUUGAUGUCCAUUAAACAGUUAAGCUAAAACGAUUUGGUGCUUGUACACUACAAUUACAUUCUAAUAAAGUGAUUUCUGAUAUAAGACACUGGUACCAGGGGUUUUAGCCAUACUAAAUAUCCCGAGCAAUCCUUGCAGUGUUGUUAGAGGUGUUUGUUGUUAUCACCCUGGAGCACAUUUAAACAAUAGCUUUAGCUGCUGCUGAAACCCCACUUGUACCCGCAGUCGCCUCUGAAAUACCACCAUGGUUCUGUAUCUCCCGAUUACGGAGCCUCUGUGGUAUCUCAGAAGUUUACUGAAGAGUCACUCUUGUAAAUGUUGCUGUUUCCAAGGCCACCGCUGGGUCACCUUUUCAUCCCCCGUCUCCAGUACUGCCUUUUUACUGUGAAGACCCGUUCGUGCCACUGAAUGCUGCGGGUGUGGAUGUCCGAGUCCCACUAGUUCUCUUCUGAUACUCUAAGGCAUGCGUGGGUUUUAGGAUUAGUUUAUGAUUGAGGGUGCCCAAACAAUAUUGGUUGUAAAUGCAAGUCUUUAAAAUCACUGUUUCCUAAAAGAUAUUUCUAGCUGUUGAGGCACCCUGAUGGCGAAAUGACAAUGAGUUUGACAUGAGAAAUAACUCGUGAGUUUUGGCAUCAUAUGGGAAAUAUAAUGCCAACUCUUUUUAUCAGUACUAAUACGUGGUCGUUCUGGCCCUUACUUGAACAUAAAUAUUAAAGACACUUUGAAUAGUUUUUUAACUCAAUUUUAAACCUGCUAAUAAUUUCUUAAUUAUAUUCUUAGAUUUCAGUUCAGCAUCACUUACAGUAUUUCCAUGUGUGUGUUCUGUGCUUUGUGUUAGAGGUGUGUGUUUGCGUGUGAGUGUGCGUAUUUAUAUCUAUGUAUACACAAAUAAAACUUAUAUAUAUAUAUCUUUUAUAUAUAAGUUAUAUAAGGGUAUGUGUUUACAUAGGUUUAUUUUAAAUAAUCAUGUCUCUGGAUGGUGGCAUACCACUGUUUGUAACUAAACCAGUCACUGCCGUGAAUGGAAGUGUGUACAUACGUUGUCUGCGACGUGCUUUUUUUUUCAGGGAGUGAAUUAUUUCCUACCGUAGCAAUUUUAUCGCAGGGGGCGCGUGCACGUGUUGGAGGAGGCUGGUGUGCAGUGUUCUGCGUCCGUGGAGUCCGAACCGAGCGCCCUUUGCUCCUGAGGAGGGCUCCUCUCUGCCACCCUGGUGGGACACUGACACUGUAAACUCACUGGAAUAAACCCUGGACUGAAUGCUGCCUUUCAGACACAGACCCAUUCGUUCUGUCUGCUCUCCUUUUGUGGAGGGAAUAUGCCACUAAUACCUUUAACUCAGGAGUGUAUCUGCGCAGUAAAAUAAAACAAGCUGUUCCCUGCUUUUAUGUUUUCAGAGCAAUGGAUGUAUUUCCUGUAGUAACAGAAAAUUGACUUAGCUCCUUGCCUAUAUCAGCUACUAAAUGAUCUUUUCUGUCUUGAAGCAGGUUUUUUGUAGACGAUGGAGCUAACCUACACUGGGAUAACUAAAUCAAUCUAACCAGUGCAUUCAGAACUUCUGGCAUCAUCUUCUUACCGUUUUUCAGAUGAAUGAUAUUAACUGUCCAGCUUUUUUACUAUGUUUUAGUGCCUGGAAUAAUUUCAGUAUCCAGUAGCUGCUGCUACCUAUUGUCUUCUGAAACCAAGGAUUGUUUGCCAAGAGUCUGAUUGGAGUUGCAUUGUCAUGGCGGAAUUGCAAGCUCAGAUGGCUCUUCGGAGCUCCGCUUCUGCAAUUUACUCUAGCUAUAUUAAGAUUAAAAUUGCUCAGUUCAGGCACUGUCCCGAGUGACAGAUAUUUCUAAUCCUUUCACUGUCCUGACUAUUUUAAGAUGGAGAAGCACUUCAGGCAGUAUUCAGACUAUAACCUAUUCUGCCUCUGUUCCAGAAAACAUCGAACAUUUCAAAACAUUUGUCAGUGCUGCCAGAUGCAGACUCUCCAUAUGGUCAGGGGAGAAGAGUGAACAUCUUGUUUUAAACCCCGUUGAUUGUUUUUCCAAGUCGAUGUGAAUUGCUCACUGCUCUCCUGGACUUUGAUGCUUCGGUAGAAGUUUCUGUGUCUGUCUUGGGCACUGUAGUGUGUGGUCUUAAUUGCAGCCCUUGAUGCCUCUGCACCAAAACACAGGCGUUACCCAGAGCUGAGCGGCACGGCAGGGCUCUGCUGGAGAGCUGCGCUGGGGUUGCAGGCGCCGUUCUGCAGUCAGGACUCAACCAGAGUUUCCAGCAAAUCUGAUGGAAAUCUGCCUGAGUGAAAACCAAAGGAUCGCUCCCAAAUUACUCAAAGUUGUGCAGGACGCUGCUGCGUCCCACACACACAAUGUUCAGGCUUCAGGAUUUUAUUAGAUUAGCAAGUCUGGCUCGGGACAGAGGUAGGGUUGCAAACGUGCUUGCUGAGAUCUCUGAAAAAUAUUUUAUCCUCUGUGCCCAGCAGCAGCAGCCUUCUCGGGAGGAGCAGUCCCUUUCACACCAGUAACCCAGCUGAACCUGUGGGAAUUUCUUUGGGAUAUGGAUUAUCGUUAGGUCCACCUUUGGAUGUACCGAGCUGUUAGGAUAACUAUGCUUUUAUUGGAAGUUAGUGUUUGAGACCGCAGGGAGAGCUCUAAGCAAUGCUGAUACAAUUAGUAGUAGUGCAGAACAGGCUCAAACCAGUUAAUAUUUCUCUUAUUAAUUAGUUAAAGUUCUAAGUCUCUAUAAUUUCUCAGUCAGCAACAAGGGGGUGUUGUACCUAAAUGAGGCAUUAUCUUGCACUGCCGCAGAGUAGCCGAUGUUGGCUGCUGCUUGGCCUUUGACUUGCGCAGCGGAAGGUGCCCUGGGAAGUUAUAAUACUUGCUUCUCUCCAUGGCCCGUAAGUUCACAGCCCUGAAGAGCGUUUUUUCCCAGCAGCGCAGAGCUCCCUAAAAUGCAAAUAAUUGUGCUAUGUUUUAUAUUGAAAAUGCUAGGAAGGAUGUGCUCUGUAGUGACAACUCUCUCUGUAAUAGUUCUUUAUUUUAAGUAUGGGUUGCUCCUCAGGUUUCUGCUCUGCUCCGAAGGCUUUCUUCUUGUGAGCUGUGCUAGCUUUUCGUGCUGCUAAUGAGGAAGCUCAGGGUUAGUAGACGUAGGCUCCAGUUACGGCACCGUUUAGCAUCUUUCUUCACUGUGUUAAUUCCCUUUUGAUUCCUUUGCCUUCCCGCAUGGGUGUCUGCUCCCCUGAGCCGGAGUCCAUGCAGGAGGUGCAGAGAAGAGGUCCUGUGUUCCCAAGCCAGUGUUAGAGGGAUGGAUUGGUGGACCAUGUACUUAAUAUGCAUAAAAAUAGUCAUUUUCAGGAAAUCAUGUAAGCUGGGAAAAAGUGCAGCCCAAAGAAUUUUGCACAUAGUGAUCAGAUAGUCUGUUAGGAGCAGACUAUAAUUUGCCUGAAACUUAUAAUUUUAGCUCCCACACCUAGAGUGGCGAAGCUGAUAGGCGCUGUGCCUGUUCGGUAUUCGGCUUCACAGCGUCACGGAGUUAUUCCCAACCGUCUGACAGAGCUGAGAUGAAUGGGACUGGGACGUCUUUAACCUUGGAGUGAGUUGGAAAACCUCAGGCUGCGUCAGUGUUUGCACUGGUAACUCCAGGGAAUGCCAAGCUGAUGGAUUGAGUGAGGGGAGGGGGGGCAUUUCAACACUGAAAUACUGCGUUGAGUUCAUCAAAUCCAUAUAAAAUUUGAAGUUUUGUGAUGACAGGGAUGUUAAUGCCUGGCUUGUUCUACAGUAAACUUAGCAAGUGACUGCGUAGCCUUACACUGUAAUGUAAACGAGCUGAAUUGAUUGAUAUGCAUAUAUUGGCUGUUAGGAGAAAGGGAAGUGCUAUUUAAUUGUGAGGAUAUACAGUUUGCUUAGUGGAUAUAACUGCUCUAUAAUGCCAUGACAGCAGGGGUUUAAUUUUUCAUCCCCAUUUCUUCUAUUGGGUCACUUGCAAAUAUUAAUAAUUACCGAUGAUAAAGGUGUUUUCACGUUUCAUCAGUUUUCUGGGGUGUUCUUUUAGACUAAGUUUGGAUCAUUGUAAUAAUUUGGCAAGACAACUGCUACGCUUGUAUGAAAGCGUAGGUUAGCGUUUGGUACCGAGCUGGUAUUUGCCGCUAUUGUCAGUGCUGUUAAAGUGCCAGGCUUGGGGAGCAGGGGGUGGUGUGUGCGAGGAGGCAGCGGGGGAACAAAGGGAAAUGCUGACCCUGCAAAAUGAACAAGAAUUUCUUCGUCAGCUUCCAUGGGUGCGGGAAGUGGGUCCCAGCAUCGGGGCUGGGACGAGGAAGGGAGCACAUGUAAGGGGGGGAAAGCCUCGUCGGAGAGACAGGCUGCAGGCUGGGUGCUUUGUGUCUGAGAGAUCACAACCCAGCUCUUGGCGCUGCGAGGUGGGUUACAGGUGGCACAGAAAUAUCUGCCUCGCUUUCUCCAGGAGCGUCACGUCAGACGGCAGGGGAGGACUGCCGCAGAGCAGGCGGCAGCCCCAGUAAAGUCAGAAGAUUAUGUCAAUCUGCUUAUGAUUUUUGCAGUUAGUGUUUCAAGACAGAUGAAACUAAUAAAUAGAGGAAGAAAUGUAACUCUCCAAAGUUUUGACAAGCGAAAACAAAUAUUUGCACAGAUGUGCUGGCUCCUGCCUUUUACUUGGGAUCACAAUGUGUUUGGAGCACUUAGUGCCCGCCCGGAGCGUGGACCCGCUCCCGCAUCGCGGCACUCCUCCUGCUGCUGCCUGACCCCCUGCAGCGCUGCGGGAGGGUUCGUGCCCUGGCCGGGGCAGCGAUCAGGGCAGAGGUGAAGGGAAGCACUGCAGCCGGGAUGCCCAGGAGGUGCAACCUUGGUGGGCGCCUGGGGUAUUUGCGCAGGAGGGAUGUCUUCUGCAGCCUGAUUUUUGCAGUCUCAUUUUUUACUUCCUUAAGGAUGACGUUCUGACCUCGUUUUAUGUUUGUGACGUGAUUUGUGCCGCAGGAGCAGCUACGGCUGUGGCACAUGGCGCGGAGGCGGUGGUUUCCCAAGGUGUGGCAGGGAAGGCAGGUGGGACUUGCUCUCUGCAGUAACAGCUUUUCCUUCCACAGUCUCUCUCCCUGCCAGCUUCCCCCAUGUGAGUUCUCCACUUGCUAUAUCUGGACAGAAUCGUUGCGCUCACUUUGUAUCACUACGUGAAGAAAACACCAUGAGCAAAUCCUUCUUUUCUCUAUGGGGAGCUUUUCCCUUUUGGCUCAGUCUACUUCUCCAACCUUAGUCCACCUGUUUGUAAAAGCCCAGAAGUUCCCAAGCCCGUGUUCUCUUUUGCAGAGGGGAUGUGUGGGUUCGUGUGAUGCUGGGAUGGUUACCAAGAGCCUGGGCACUGCCCCUGCUGCAUUACAGAGCUGCUCGGGGAAGGGGUGCUUGUGCAUGGGGUGCCUCGCUCUCCCCACCUGUGAAAGGGGAGGGGGAUGCCCCAUGUACCUCCCCAGGCAGGGACUUGCUCCAGUCGGGGCUGGGAAGUGGUUUCCGGAUGCUGUGAGGGGCUGGAGCAGGGCCUGGGAAAUGCCGUUUAAUGGGCUUCGUGGCUCAGCCUUGAGACUUCUGUGGGGAACGCAGACCCUGGUGUUCUGUGCCUGGCCAGCAUCCUCUGCGAGGCAUAGACAGUAUGUGGUGUACAGGUGGAAAACCCCUCUGGCAGCACGCGUUGCACUGGCAAACUGCUGGGAAAUGGUUCUGUUCAGGGAAGGGACGUGCAGAGCCAAUCUGCCCAGGGCGGUUGGGGGAUGGGUGGUGCCCCUGGGCUGUAUCCGGCUCUGGACACCCUGGAUGUGCAGUCAAAGCCCGUGAUGCGAAAACAGAGCUGGCUCCUUUGCCCAGGCCCCUGCCUGCACCCCUCCUGCCUGCACCCCCCCACCCCCCGCGUGCCCCGACCUUCCUGCUCCCACCCAUCGCCUGGGCUGAGCAAGCCCAGCAGAGCUGCAAGGCGUCCCCACAGGCAGGCGGCCGCCGGCUGCUGCUCCCCCCCAGGACAAGGAUGUAUUUUCCAGAUAUAUUUAUUUUCUCUGCCUGUGAUAUUUGCUAGAUUAAAAUCUCAUUUUCCCCUACCAAGUUUAACAUCUUCCGCUGUGCAUUUUAGAAACAAGUACUUGAUAAGGUAGAAAAAACAGCUUUUAGUUAUGUGACACACCUGAUGGUUGGGGUUUUUUUCAAACUGCAUGAACGUACGGAGAAAGAUGAGGGUUUUACCUGUUGGAGAGCAUCUUUGUAAACUAUCCUCAACCCGUAAGACUGUUCAAUUUUACUGGAAUUUGUAUGCAUUUUACUUUUGUAAUUUUUUAAAUGAUUUGAUAGAAUUUUAUUUUAGGGCAAAUUCUACUUUUUGUAUGCGAUAUUCUGAUGUGAUGUAUUUUUAUUUUUAAGAAAAUAAUGUUGAAACCACUGUAUACUUGUCAAUGUAACACAUCCACCCUGUCAUUUCUUUUUAAAACUGGAAUCUGACCAUGAAGUGCGUGUUACUUUACGUACUGGUUGUUGCACAUUAAAGAGAUUACUCACA